AUGUGGACAGUAGGCGAAGUUGUUAAUGCACUGAUUACUUUCUGUAACUCUUUGAGGAAGCUUAUUCAAGUAACGCUGUGGCUUAGCUUCUCGGUAGGUGGUGUUAUUGUAGAGUUCAUCACGUUCGUUCUCUUCCAUGUGGGAAAUGUUUUAAUUACCUUAUUUGUCGUCCUCCAAGUGCUGUAUGAAGAUUUUAUUGUGUUUAUAAUUGAUUGUUCUUGGAAACUGAAGAGUGCGGCAAGUACUUUACUUUAUUUCUGGUCACAAAUAUUGCUAGUCUCCUCGGAAACUUACCAAAUUGCACGGAGGACCGCUGUGAGUUUACACGAUUUUGUGGUGUCUUGUGUCAGUGUUCUAUGGAGUUGUUUAAACAAGUUACACGGUUUCAUCAUAUUUGUUCCAGAACUGCUGAAAGAGGCGAUUAUACUUAUAGGGUCCAGUGUAUGGUACUGUGUUCAGUUUGUACCGCUGUGCAUUGUAUAUUGUAUGGCAACUUCUGUUUAUGCUGUUGGCAGGUGCUACGAAGAGUUAACAUCCAUUGUUAGUGCUGCAUAUGAUGGUAUUAAUACAAUACUGUGGAGCGUGCUACUAUUUUUUACCGAUAUACCAUCAACAGCACUUCUUGGGUUGUUGAUCGCCGUAUUUUUAUCAGUGGCAUUGAUCAAAUACCAGGCACAGAUUUUCAGUUUUGCCCUAUCUAUUAUUUUGUGUACUUUUAACUUCUUACGGUCUUUACCAGUCAGAAUUCUGAAAGUGUUGCUGUCAACAGUUCGAAGAACAGUCAUUCGACGGCAGUCUGAGACAAACGUAUCUAGUGAUGAAUCGGAUAUCAGUGAGCAGUCUUCAUAUUCAAUGCAAAGUCAACAGCCAGUUAGUUCCCGCUUGAGGCCAGCAGUGAAACUUCAUUCAACAGAAGCGAGUAGCUCCAAAGAUGAUUUGAUUAAACGACUACAAAGAGAACAAGAUAGUAGGCUGUGUGUAGUUUGUCAAGACAGGGACAAGUGUAUUGUGGUUCUGCCAUGCCAACAUUUAUGUCUGUGUGUACAGUGUGCGACUACAGUGCAUAGGGAGAAUGGGAAAUGUCCUAUUUGCCGGCAGCCUCUUAGAAAGGCAAUGAAAGUUUAUGUCAGCUAAAUGCCAGAUGGAUUUCUCAAAGUCAUAUGUUUUCAUGUUUAAUCCAUAAGUCUUAGGGUAUGUAGCAACAUUCAGAACCUAAAGUAGCUGAUUUUGCUUUUACAGUUAAUUUGAAUAAAGUAAUGAAAAUUU